AUGCUCCGCCUCCGAGGGCGCAUCGUUGCCCAUCUCCUCUCUUUCUCCUCCACCUCUGGCCCGGCCAUCUCCCCCCUCCACCGGCUCCUCUCCGCAUCGGCAGCCGCCGGCCCCAUUUCCCCGAACCCCAGUGGAUUCGCCGUCGAGGAGUACCUCGUCGACACCUGCGGGCUCACCCGGCCCCAAGCCCUCAAGGCCUCCACCAAGCUCUCCCACCUCAAGUCCCCCGCCAACCCCGAUGCCGUCCUCGCCUUCCUCUUCGGCGUCGGCCUCUCCGGCGCCGACGUCGCCGCCGUCGUCGCCAAAGAUCCGCAGCUCCUAUGCGCGAAAGUGGACAAAACCCUGGCUCCGGUGGUCGAUGGGCUCACCGGCCUCGGCCUGUCGCGUUCCGACAUCGCCCACGCCUACUUCCGCUGUAGAUCCAUAGUCCCCAAGCUGCACUACUACCUGCCCCUCUUGGGCUCCUCCCACAACUUGCUCCGGCUGCUCAAGCGGGGAGGAUCCCACCUUCUGUCAUCGGACCUCGACAAGGUUGUCAAGCCCAAUGUUGCCUUCCUGAGGGAGUGCGGGCUAGGUGAUUGUGAUAUUGCCAAGCUGUGCAUCCAUCGGCCAAGGAUGCUCACCACCAACCUGGAGCGCGUCCGGGCGAUGGUGACAUGCGCCCAAGGUAUAGGCGUGCCCCGUGGCUCUGGGAUGUUCAGACAAGCGCUACAUGCUGUCGCAUUCCAAAGCGAGGAGAAGAUUGCCGCCAAAGUGGACUACUUGAAGAACACAUUCAGGUGGUCUGCUGCUGAGGUGGUUAUUGCUUUGUCUAAGGCUCCGAUGCUGCUGAGGAUGUCAAAGGACAUGCUACAGCGCAAGUCCGAGUUCCUGCUAUCUGAGGUGGGGUUGGAGCCCAUGUACAUUGCUCAUCGACCGAUAAUUAUUUGUCUUAGCCUGGAGGGCCGGGUCAGGCCUCGGUACUAUCUUGUAAAGUUUCUCAAGAAAAAUGGACUGCUAGAUCGUGACUUGAGCUUCUAUACUGCAGUCAAGAUUACUGACAAGGUAUUUGUGGAGAAACUCAUAUCCCCUCACAAGGAAGCUGCGCCACACCUUGCUGAAGACUAUGCAAUAGCUUGCAAAGGGGAAGUGCCUACUAAUUUCAGAUUUACAUGA